UCCCCCUCAUUAGUCAUCCAUUUCUCUCUCCUCUAAUUAUCACUCUCUAACUAGCCAUUCUUCUUACAUUUGUCACCUUGUUCAUCACCUUCCCUUUCUUUAUAUAUUACUCCACACUUCCCAUCUUUAGCCAAACAUUGUUCUCUUCUCUCCUCCCUUCUUUGAGACAUUCAUUUCAUCAUUAACACAUUCUGUUCGGAUUGAAAGAUGAAUACCCCUAAUUACAUGUUCUCAGUAGUGGCUGAACACCACAAUAACUCUGAACCCGAAACCUCCCAGAACGACACUUCUUCCACCUCAUCCUCCACCUCCAUCCUCAACAACAACAACAACAACAAGAGAAAGAGAGAGACCAACAAUAACAAUACUUCAAAUAAUAAUAGCAAACACACAGUUUAUAGAGGAGUGAGAAUGCGCGCGUGGGGAAAAUGGGUGUCGGAAAUUCGAGAACCCAAGAAAAAAUCACGAAUAUGGUUAGGCACCUUCAACACACCAGAAAUGGCGGCGCGUGCACACGACGUGGCGGCGUUAUGUAUAAAAGGAAACUCGGCAAUCCUUAACUUCCCUGAACUCAGUGAGUCACUACCUCGACCGGCGUCGAGUUCGCCACGUGAUGUUCAAGCAGCGGCUGCUUUAGCCGCUGCUAUGGAAUUGGAGUCGGCUCAAGCAGUAUCAGUAUCAGUAUCGUCUUCUUCGGAAGUUAAUGGGCCUGAAGAAGAACUGAGUCAAAUCGUUGAGUUGCCGAGUUUGGAAAACGAGGUUGCUGAUGACUCGGCCGAGUCAUUUUUUGUUGACUCGGCUGAGAAAUGGACGUACUCUGCUCUUUGGACGGAGGAGAUGGGUUUGUGUGAAAACAUGUAUGAAUCUACGGCCCACAUUUCAUUGGCUGAUUGUGGGGUAGGAUAUAUAUAUAUUUAGCCGUUAUAUUAGAUCGAAACUUCGCAUAGAUUAAUCCAAUCGACUUGGCUAUACAAGUAAGGUCCUUUUGAGGUGGGAGGGAAAGUACAUGAUUUUUCACUCCUAAAGUGCCUCUAACGAGGUUUCAUAUUAGAGACGGACCUUGUCAUUAGACCAAGUAGCCAUUAUGAAAAGGUGAACAUACUUUUUUUUUUUUAGGAAAGUAGAAACUUCAUCUUGUUAAUACCAAAACUUCUUUGUUAAUUUUAUUUUUUGAUUUUAUGUUUUGAGUAGUUUGUAUAAAUAUUCUUAGCUUCUAGGAUUGAUGUGUGUUAGAUGAUUUUUUUUUUUUGCCUACAAUGUCCAUAAAUGUGGAGUAUUUUGUUUGUUUGUUUGUUGCUUUUAUCAAUUUUCAAUUAAAUUAUCGUUUUUUUUA